AAGAAGAUAGUGAGAGGAAAAAGAAAAUCUGUAGAGAGAGGAAAUGUGGGGGAGGGGGUUAGGAGGAGAUGUUUGACCUUCUCAUCUCUUUCUGUCUCUCUUACUGAAUUUUCUUCUUAUUCGAUUUGAAUCAAAAUCCAUUAAAUACUUAUUCAAAUGUAUUAAAUGCCCUAUUCAUCUUCGUUCCUCCGAUAUAUACCGAAUUUCUUCUGCAUCUGCACCCAGAAAUCUUAUUUCCUCCCAAAUUUUCUGUUUAAUCCCAUCAUACGGGAACCUGAAUCUGGAUUCCUGAUUUGUUUUUCCUGCAAAAUUAAGACGAUUCGUUUCGUUUAUUGGAUUGGAUAUCGGAAUUUGAUCGGUCAGGCCACCUGGUUCAUACUUUGUCAACAAAUUCAGCUAAGAAACGACAUCAAAGCCUCUCAGGAAUCUGGAACUCUGUCCUGAGUCAUGGGAAACUGCUGUGCGACGCCACAGACCGACGAUUACGAGACCAAGAAGAGAGGAAAGAAGAAGAAUCCGUUUUCCCUUCACCAUGGAAACAAUGACGCCGACGGAGGGUUCAAGCUUGUCGUGCUCAAGGAGCCUACGGGCUUUGAAAUCGAGAAGAGGUACCAGCUGGGCCGAGAGCUUGGGAGGGGAGAAUUUGGUGUUACGUACCUCUGUACGGACAAGGAGACCGGUGAGAAAUUCGCUUGCAAAACGAUAUCGAAGAAGAAGCUGAGGUCGGCGGUGGAUAUUGAGGACGUGAGAAGAGAAGUGGAGAUCAUGAAGCACUUGCCUGAGCACCCGAACAUAGUCUCCCUGAAGGAUACUUACGAGGACGACCACGCGGUGCAUUUGGUGAUGGAGCUUUGUGAAGGAGGAGAGCUCUUCGAUAGGAUCGUCUCUAGAGGGCAUUACACAGAGCGUGCGGCGGCUGCCGUUGCUAAGACGAUUGUGGAGGUGGUUCAGAGUUGUCACCAGCAUGGAGUGAUACACCGAGAUCUCAAACCUGAGAACUUUUUAUUUGCCAACAAGAAAGAGACUGCAUUGUUGAAGGCAAUUGACUUUGGGCUAUCAGUGUUUUUUAGACCUGGUGAGACAUUCAAUGAGAUAGUUGGCAGUCCAUACUACAUGGCUCCUGAGGUGCUAAAAAGGAAUUAUGGCCCAGAAGUUGAUGUCUGGAGUGCUGGUGUCAUCCUGUACAUCUUACUUUGUGGCGUCCCACCGUUUUGGGCAGAAACUGAGCAAGGAGUUGCACAAGCAAUUAUUCGAUCUGUUAUAGACUUCAAGAGGGAACCCUGGCCUAAAGUUUCUGAGAAUGCCAAAGACCUUGUGAGGAAGAUGCUAGAUCCUGAUCCAAAGCAUCGGCUUACAGCACAGCAAGUGCUAGAACAUCCUUGGUUAGUGAAUGCUAAGAAGGCUCCCAAUGUUUCCUUAGGUGAGGCUGUGAGAGCAAGGCUCAAGCAAUUCUCUGUAAUGAACAAACUCAAGAAAAGAGCCCUGAAGGUGAUAGCUGAGCAUUUGUCAGUGGAGGAAAUUGCUGACGUAAAGGAGGGAUUUGAUGUGAUGGAUGUCAAUAAAAGUGGCAAGAUCAACAUUGACGAUCUUAGAGUUGGUUUGCACAAACUUGGUCACCAGAUGAAUCAUACAGAUCUUCAAACACUAAUGGAAGCUGCUGAUGUAGAUCGUGAUGGAUACCUGAACUACAGUGAAUUUGCAACUAUUUCUAUUCACCUAAAGAGAGUGGGUGAUGAUGAGCACCUUCAAAAAGCCUUCGAAUUCUUUGAUCAAAACCAAAGUGAGUACAUUGAGCAUGAGGAGUUAAGGGAUGCUUUAGCUGACGAAUUACAUUCACAUUCAAAUGGCGAAGAAGUCAUUAAUGGAAUCAUGCAUGAGGUAGACACAGACAAGGAUGGACGGAUUAGUUACGAGGAGUUUGCAGCAAUGAUGAAAGCGGGUACAGAUUGGAGAAAAGCAUCCAGGCAGUACUCUCGAGAACGGUUCAAUAGUCUGAGUCUGAACUUGAUGAAAGAUGGAUCGCUGAAAUUGAUCUAGGGUAGGUAACCAAACAAGUUUACUUGUGUAAAAAUGAAAAUCGACGAAAUGUUACUGUUGGGUUUCAGAAUUCUUUUCCUUUCAUUACAUCUGUUAAAAUCUUCUUUAGUCUAUACUUGGGGAGCUAUGAAAAGGUAAAUAGAAUUUGGGCACAGGCACUUGAUAUCUUUGUGAAUGGCAAUAUAUCUUUGGUUGAUUGACUAGAGCUGUGUUGGAGAAGAGAAGGAAAGGCUUUGUUGUUAAAGGUUGGAAGUAAUUUUGUGAUUGUAAAUAGUGUAACAUUGGCAUAUGCUAUUUUACAAGUCAUAGUGGAUUUCUGCUUAAAAA